AUGCUCGGCGGCGAAAAACGCAAUGAAAAACACAAAAUUGUUAUGGGAAUUCAAACUAUGAGAGCAGAAAAAUUGAAUAUGAGGAAUGACCAACUCAAAAAAACAUCCCUACGUAAGUUUAUCAACUCUGAAAAUUACACUAAUUGCGGUUAUACAGCAAUCAACGAUUAUUCUAGUUUGAAAAUUGCAAAGGGAAACCAACUCAUUCAAAUUUUAUGGGAGAUCGAUUUAUUUAAGAAAAUGGAAAAAUGUAAAUGUGGUGGAAAUAUGGAAUUGGUGAAAGAUGCUGGUGGUGUUUAUGAGAAGGUAAGUCGAUUUAAUGGCAAUUCUUUUCACGUAAUUUUUAAAUUUUCCCAAUGUUGAGAAAACAGUCGAAAAACACACCUGACACCUAAUUAAAUAUGAUUCUUUCAGUUUGUUUGUCAAAAGAACAAAAAACAUUGGGCACCUAUUCGAAAAUUGUCCCCAUUCGAAAAUACUCAACUACAGCUGGAAAAAAUAAUGUUGAUUUUUGAAAAAGCCGCGCAGUUGUGAGUUUUUUAAGUGCUUCUUCGUUGGAGUAAAUAUAUUUCUUACAGAAAAACUCCGACAGAAAUCGCCCGCGAAGUUAAAACAACAAAUAUGACGGUUGUUCGUUUUAUCGCAUGUUUUGACAAGUUUUGUGAUCUGCCGUAAGUUAUUUGUUACUUGAAACAAUUGAGUGAACAACUAAUUUCUUUAGGUCGUUUGAAAACGAGAACAUCAGGUUCAAUAAGAUUAUCGAAACAAUCAUCAAAAUCAACAAUAAUUAA